UAGCGUCGUGUGUCGACUGCUCUAUCGUUAAAGGAAACUCCUCUAAAACCUGUCAAAAUGUCGUCAAUUUCAAGCAUGGCGAGAUUCAGGAAUCCAACAAAGUCUGCAAGAGGUCCAGGUUUUUCUGCCACCUUGAGGCGGAGUGGGAGUCUUGGAAGUCUCAACAAACGAAGCUCUGCCAACUUAGCUCCGUCAUUCAAUGCUUCCAAAACUGGCCAAAGCACCUUGAACACAAGUCAAGACUACAACAACAUCGAAGCUGAAUACAUUAAGAACUUACAACAGCAGAUCUACUUCCUGGAAUUGGAGGCUAACUUUCUUCGAGACCAAGCAAGAAAAGCCACUGAUCUGCAGCCUAAAAUGACAGAAGAGGCUGGUCGAAUGCUUCACACACUUCAGGAUUUGCAAAGUGAUGUUGAUAGCCUGCACCUAGAGGUGAAGAGAAAAGAGUCCAAUCUACACAUGGUGAAUUCGGAAAAGACCAGGCUAGAUGGCAAACUCCAGCUACUUCACGAUACGCACGCAAGAGAGAAGAAACUUCUUGUUGAGGAGAUUGUUCAACUCAAGAAGCAGAACGAGAUGACACAACGAGAGAUUGUACAGAAGGAAGAUCAGAUCUUCAAUGCGCGUAAGGAGCUUGAUCGGGGGAGUACGUCACUGACGAGUGCCGAGCAGCAAAUAAGGAUCCUGAAUGCUAAGACUGACCAGAAGACUGAUGAGUUGAGGCACACCCAACUAGCGUUGGAAGAUAAAAGGACAGAGUGUCUACAAGUACAGACUCGGCUGCAGGAACUUGAGGAUCGUUAUUACUCCAGUACUGCUUCCAUCCAAGACAAAGCUGUCGAAGAAUUUAGGAAUGAGAUUCGUGUGAUGCAGCACAGGAUGAAGGAAACGGAGCUGAAUGCUCAGCAAGAUCGCUACUUGAAGAACAAAAUGACUGAUGAUGUUGGGAAUCUGGUGAAGGAAAACGCUUUGCUAGGAUCCCAGGUCGUUGAGCUUAAUCAACAACUUGACAGGGAGAGAACAUUGAGAGAAAACCGCGACACCAGACACGCUACCAAUAUCACUGAAUUAGUGACUGUGAGAGACAAAGAGAAACAGCUCAGCUUCGACCUCCAAAAGGCUAGGAAUGAGCUUCAGCAUGAGAGGGAUCGAGUUCAGCACCUACUUGAUCAACUGGCGAAGCAAGAGCAAGGUCAAGCAACCUCCUCCCUCAGCCAGAACACUCUACGCAGCAGGUUAGCAGAGAUUGAGGGAAGGUUGUCUGGGGUAGAGGUUGAGAACACCCAGCUUCGUAGAGACAAGAUGCUAUUGGUGGAUCAUGUAUCGGAACUCCAGAAACAGCUCUCGGAGAGAGAGAUGGAGACAACACGUCUACACGAUCAUCUUCAUACUCUAGACAGCACUAUCUCUAACAUGGACCGUCGCAAGAAGGUGGAGAACAGUCUACAGAGUCAACGAUGGGGGGAGUUUGAGAAGAUGGCCGAGAGUAUGAAGUCAUUGUCUAAGAGUAUGACCGCUCGAUCAGUCACACCCGAGUAUUGAAGACGUAAUCACCAAAACCUUGGUAUCAGGGUUCUGUCUUUAGUGGUGGACAAAUAUUUCCCUGGAAACCAUCGCGGGAUGGAUCAGUUACAUGGUAGAUCAUAUGAAUAGACUCAAAUAAAAGAAGUGCUCAAAAUGGUGAAUAUCCAAUUUCACAUUUCGUUGAAAACGUUUGUUGGUCUGAAACAGAGAGCUUGGCGGUUUUUCCCGGCACCGACAGAGACCUGUGUAUGGAUCUGAAAUCAGUCAUGUGAUGUAAAAAUUGACAUUGCAUUCGCAGGAAGUAUGAACCGGGCCAUACGUGGAAACUUGAAGUGAGUUACAUGAUUAAUAUAAUUUGAGUUUAUUUUGGUUAAUUCAUUAAUACUGCUAAAUAUUGGAAUUAUUAUUGGAAUGUGUGCUGUAAUUAAACCAAUCAUGCUUCUUCUCUUGUAAAUGAAACCCACAAAGAUCAGACUACUUGAAGGGUCUGGGUACCUUUUUUUUCAGGACACAAGACACAAUGUCCACAGAUUUACA